UGUCUAACAAUGCAAAAGUUUUCAAAGACUUGUCUAUUAUAAGCAAUUUGAAUUUUAACUCAGAUCAUAGAAUGGUUAGAGCAAAACUCUCAAGUACACAUGUUAAAAGAGCACGAAAAUUUAAUAACAUUAUGAAAGCCAUCGAGUGCACUGGUAGUACUGAUUUACUUCUGAACAAUCUCAAGAUAUCCUUGCAUGAUGGUGAAAAAGAAUGUAUAUCUACUCAAGAAAAAUACAACAGAUUUCUCAAACAACUAAAAACAGAAACUAAAAAAGUAAACAUGAUUAGCAAGACAGCGAUAUCAUUUAAAAGUAAGCAAUUAUUACAAGAACGGAAAGAACUCAUACAGCAAGGAAAAAGUACUACUAUCCAUCGCCAAAAGAUAGCAGAAAUAAGCAAAAAGAUUAGCGAACAACUUAGAAAGGAACGGAAAGCAAAAAGAUUAGCAACAUUCAGAAAAUAUUUAGAAAAAACAGGAGGAAUAAAGAAGGCGAUAAAAGAAAUGAACUACAAAAAGGACUGGAUUCCAAAUAUGAAGAAUAAAAAUAAUGUUAAAACCAGCAAAAGACCAGAAAUACUAGGGAUUGCUACAGAAUACUACAAAAAUUUAUACCAAAGCCAUAAAGGGGAACACGUGAUAAAGGAAAAUAAUUUAAUAAAUAAAGAGGAGAUUAAACCAUAGAGAAAUAGAACGAAGAAUAAUUAAUGCUUGGAAACGAUUUUGGUCUCUAAAGGAAAUAAUGAAAGAUAAA